UGUUGCUUAUAAACUUUUCCCCACGAGCUCAGUCAGUUAGUGAGCGGCGGACCGUUGGACUGUGGAGGACGUGCAUCGUCGCGCUUCUUUUUCUUUUUCUUUUUUUUUAGCUGAUUAUGUGCAAUUAACGGGAUUUAUUCGGUGAUUUGGUCACGCGAGGUAAAAGUUAAUUAAACCCCGGAGGAAAAGCCGGUUGUCGCUGCGGUUCGGAGACAUGGAGGCUGUGAGUAAGUGGACCCCGCAACAAGUGGUGGACUGGAUGAGAGGUCUUGACGACAGCCUGCAGCAGUACGUCCCGUCCUUCCAGCAGCAGCUGGUGGACGGGGAGAAGCUGCUCAGGAUGUCCCACCAGGAGCUGCUGUCUCUGGGCGUGGCGCGGGUCGGACACCAGGAGCUGGUGCUGGAGGCCGUGGACCUGCUCUGCGCUCUGAACUACGGCUUGGAGUCGGAUCACCUGAAGACUCUGGUGGGGAAGAUGAGAACGGCGCACCACAACCUGAGCAGCGCCGUGUCACAGCGCAGGAAGAACCCCGCCUACCACAACAAGAACUCCCAUCAGCCCUCCAACGAGUUCCUGACCGCCGUGGUCGAGCUGAUCGCAGCCGCCAAAAGUCUGCUGGCCUGGCUGGACAGGACUCCUCUGACGAGCGCCAACGACUUCACCUCCACCAAGAGCAGAAUCAUCCAGCUGUGUCUGGAGCUCACCUCCACCGUGCAGAAGGACUGCACUGUUUAUGAGAUGGAGGAGAAGAUUCUGGAAGUGUCACGAGCUCUAAACGGUAUCUGUGAGAAGACGGUCCAGGUGACCUCUGACCCCUCAAAGAGCGAGAUGGCCUGUCUGGAGGAGGUCCACAUCACCAACAUCAAGCCUGGGGAGGGACUGGGGAUUUACAUCAAGUCCACGUACGACGGGCUUCACGUCAUCACAGGAACAACGGAGAACUCUCCUGCAGAUAAAACCCAGAGGAUUCACGCUGGAGACGAAGUCAUUCAGGUCAACAAACAGACUGUGGUGGGCUGGCAGCUGAAGCACCUGGUGGAGAAGUUGAGGGCGGAGACUGGAAGCGUCGCCCUGGUGGUGAAGAAGAGGCCGUCCGGAGUGUCCGGCGGUUUCGCACCUGCUCCUCUGAAAAACCUGCGCUGGAGACCGCCGCUCGUACAGACGUCUCAGGGAGCUCCAGGUCUCUACAGAUCUCGACAGCCAGAAACCUCAGACGCUCCGGGGAAGAAAGGGAGAACAACCAUCUUAGAUUUGUACAUCCCUCCUCCCCCUGCAGCGCCGUACGUCCCGCUAGACGGGAACAUGAACGUGUCUCCAGGUGUGAAACUGAGGCCCAAGUCUCCGAACUCGUGUUUGGACUCAGACGUGCGGCGAUGCUUCACUGUGGCAGACGACAACAGGACGCCAGAACUCCCCCAGCCGGUCCCCGUCCGCCUCCGACAGCGCUCCUCCACACGCUGUAAACCUCGGCCCGUCUCCAUGCCGGCGGAGGCGUUCUCAGGCGUGUCUGACCGCUCCUCCAGGUCCAGAGCUCAGGGAAGGAAAGGGCGGGACGUCCUCCACAGGUACCUGAGUAAUGAGGGCAUCAGCACCAUCACGGAGGAGGAGCAGUGUUACCCUCUGCCGUACCGAGGACACCCGUCCAUCCGCGGUGUCGACCACAUCAGAGGCAGCCAGUGCUUCAUCAACGCCGACCUGCACAACAGCGCCACCAUCCCUUACCAGGAAGCGGCGUCCAAAAAGUCGGCUCCCUCCUCCACCACCGCCGCCGCUCCUCCUCCUCAGGCUGUAAACAAACAGUCCACCUCGCUGCUCGGCGGUUGGCUGGCUCGUCUCCGGCUGCUCAGCCACUGACGGAGGAAAAACACGGUUUAAAUCUUAGAGACAAAUUACUCUCAAUGUCAAUGAUGUCAUUUCUCUUUGGUGAAGCUGGGAUUCAGCUCAACAAAGAAUUUUAAAAGUGAGUUCUAGAUUGAAUCAAAGAUCUUAUGAUGGAGGAGGACAGAAGGAAAGACAAGAAAACUGCAGCAUCACACCAGCACUGAGCAGGUUUUGCAGAUAUUUAGUGAGAAUAUUAUGAUCUAAUCUCCACUGACCAGGUGUAGCUGUGAUGAGGGGACUGACAGCUGUUCACUCUGAUUUCUGCUUUUAAAGAGCAACAAAACAACCCUGAAAAUCUUGUUUCUGUUGACCUCCCGUGGUUUAACUUGGCGCUCCAGGACACUGUGACAUCACUGCUGGCUGUGGUCAGAGGUGAAGCAGAACUGAAACACUUUUCAGCCUGGUGAUUUUAAAAUAACAUUUUUGAAGUAUCUGCAAAACUAAUGACAUUCCCAUCAGAGCAGCAUUCUGUCUAAAUAUAACCUCACUGGGCUGAUGGUGUGACUGUAAACUGCCAACUGAGAUCCAGUUCUCUGGCCGCUGCAGGUCACCUGGUCAAUCAACAGACUGAAUGAAAACAUGGACAUAACAACUUAAAGCCUAAAGUCUGAGUUCACCACCUGCUGCAUCUGUGUCAGUCACUGGAGCCUGAGUGUGACGGGUUCAGAUGAUCAGGACAAACAAUCUGGAUCGUACCUCUCUCUUUACGCCUUAAAGACUUUUAGCUGCUGAAACCAUCUUGUAUUGGCUUUUAAAAAGAGCUCAUAAAAGUAUUCAGACAACUCUACUUCAGUUACGUCUUUGACAGCUGCGUCAAAGAAAUAUGGUGAUAUUUCUACCUGUUUGAAUAUCCACACACAUCAAACUCAAGGCAAAACACUUGAGAAACAGUUAAAAUUCUGCUUGAGAAAAUGGUUUUACUUUUUUGUUUCUGGUCAAAAAGAAAAUAACAAAAAAUGUUUAUGGUGCCCAAAUCUGCUGAAAGUGAAGCUGGUUUUUGUUUUCAACAGAUUUUGGUUCAUGUUUAUUGUUGACAAGAGUUAGAAUCAGUAAAAUCAAAAAGAUGUCAAAAAAUUAAAACCUUAAUGGGGAACAUCAAAUUCAAAGAGCAAAAAAAUCAAACUUGUGUAUUUGUAGUUUAAAAAUGAUGAAGCAUUUCUAAACAUCGGAGCACCUUUUCCUCUUUAUCUCAGGAGCCUUCAGUGCCUCUCAAAUCUCGACGCUUGUCUGGACAAAAGAAUUUGUAAAUAUGUUACAGCUUUUAUAGACUGUUUUUAUUACUAUGACUGAACUUGAGUCUUAUAUCUGAGAAAAGUGAUUUUCAGAGUAUGAAAUUAUGAGAAGGUAAAAUAAAAAAGCUCUACACUGUUUAUAAAAUAUUUGUGAAGCUUCAAACAGCCCUGUUACAAAAGUAAUAAUAUUAAGUUGUUAUUAAGGGAAAUAAAUAAUUAACAGUCAUAGGCACUAUGGCAAAUAGAACUUUAAUGAAAUGUUUAGGACAUACAUUUUAAGGAAUAAGCCUUGAGGUUAUUAUAAGUGAAAACAAAUGCAUAAUGUAAAAACUUCCAAAUAUUUGUUAAAAUAUCAUCUUCAAUAAAAAACAAAACACAAACUCACCAAAGAGAAAAUAUUACUAAAUUUUGCUGAACUUUAGGUUUGAGAUCAAGUUUUUGAAUGCCAUGAUCGUCUUUUAUAUAUUUAACCUUAAAUAAAUCAGUUUAAAUUCACUCAUUCUGAAAACUGUUGCUGGCGUCAUUUGACAGUCGUCUCCAGAUCCUCUGAUGCAGGUCUGUUGGAAGCUGCUUAAAACUUCAGGUAAAACUAACUGAUCUUCAGUAUUUCAGGUGUCUCCAGAAAAACACCAGAGGUUGAUCUAAUGAGUCUUUGAAGAACUCCUGUGUUUGGGGUUUCUCUCUGAAGGAGUUCCUCAGGGAAGCGUCAUGGAUCCUCUGAUGUUUACGAUCCGAGGAGCUCCUCAAGUUUCCUCAAAGACCUUUUUAUUUUUGUAAACUGUUUCUGGUUCAUGUUCGGUGCCUUAAUAUUAACAAACAUUAUGCAAGAAUUAUGAAGCUUGUACAGAAGAUUAUCAGAGUGUAAGAGAAACUGAUAUCACAGGGGUAAACUUUUAUUUUUUCGUUGCUGGAUAUGAAAUGUGGAAAUAAAGUUGAGCAUAUUUUUAGUUUCUGAACACAUUUCUUUUUAAAGUGAGACUAUAACAAUUUAAAGAUUGAAUACUAAAUUCUUCAUCUUAUAAAUAAAAAUUUGAAUUCAUCAGUGGUGGAAAACGUUUUCAGAUCUUUACAUCAGAGUGUUUAAAUACUGUUACAGGUCAUGAUUUCCACAUGUUACUUUAAGUACAAAAGUACUCAUGUUUAUUUUAAUGUUGCACAUGGUGAAGGUGGGGCUCAUUUUAAAGACUUUUUAUGUACUGCUGGCUUACUAAGGAGAUUUAAGUCUAUAAUAUAUAAUUUAUUUGCACAUUAUAUUUUGUUAUGUGAAUCUGAAUCUAGUAACUAAAUUUAUCAGAUAAAUGUAAAAGUGAGUUAAAAGUAAGAAAAUUAUAAUAUACUACAGUACUUGAGUAAAUGUAUUUAGUUACUUUCCACCACUGUAAUUGAUAAGUGAUUUAAAAACACCAUUACUUAAUUGAAAACACUCAGGGUUUUUCCUGUUAAAGCCUCUUUGGUGUGGUGUGACCAGCAGCUUGUGGCGGCUCAUAUCAACAAACUUUACGUUCAUGUUGCUGUUUAACUGAAGUCUGCUGAUUUUAUUUUCUGCUUAUUAUUUCAUUCCACUUUGCGCUCAGUCAGAUCACCUAAUGAUGGUGUCUGACUGAAGAGAAUCAUGGAAAAUGAAGUGAAAUCCAAUAGGCUGUGAUCCUGUAAUUACCACUUGUGACCACAGUGGCCACUGUUCAGCUAAAGUUGUGUAGUCUCACUUUAAGGUGAAAACUCAUCACUAGUUUAUUGUUCAGGGACACUCAAUUAAGUGAUGAGUCACUUUGUUUAACUUCAUUCUUCAUGUUUAAAUUUGAGUUAUUCCAGAGUGUGAUGUCUCUAUGUAACUUGUCAAAAAUAUAAAAAAUAAAGUGCAAUUUGUUUUGAAAUCUUCUAAUUUUAACUUUCCAUUCAGUAGAGUGAUUCUGAAAAGACAGAAGGACUUUUGAUGAGCUGGAACGAAUGUAGAAAAACAUUUUCUAAUUAAUUCCAGUACCUUUGGUUGUAUGAUUAACCUGCUAACACACAAAAACAUUUUACAAUAACAGAACCACAUUACCUCUGUAAGUUAAUACUAUGUUUUUGUUGCAUUGUCAUAUGCAUUAAAACAUUUUUAAUUCAGAGUUUUGACCAGUUGUGUAACAUUUGGGACGGAUUUUUUUUUUUCUAAAUUAAUAACUGAUUUCAAAACUUUGUUUGAUAAAUACAUACAAUUACAUUUUGUGUGUGAAAUCCAUAUUAAUGAAACUCAACUGUGUUUAAAUUAUUUUAAUGUAUUUUUCACAUCUAACAGUUUAAAGAAAACUGAGCAAACCCCAUCUGCUGAUGAAGACUUGUGAUGUGGUGGAAAGCACUGGAACAAGUUAAGUGGAC